CAAAAAAAAUCUCCAAACACUCUCGCCGCGAAUGUCUCAACAACUUGUUCAAAUCGAUAGAGAACAUCUCAAGAAGCUCUAUGCUGAAGAAGAAGCUUUGUUCUUGAAGAAUCACCCAAAGUGUCGUGACGCCUUUGAAAGAGCUAAGAACUCUCUUCUUGAUGGUGUACCAAUGCACUGGAUGAAGAAGUGGACUGGUGGUCAUCCAUUGUUUGUUAAACAAGCUAAAGGAGGUCACUUUACCGACUUGGAUGAUGUUAAAUUUAUCGAUUUUUGCCUUGGUGAUACUGGUUCCAUGACUGGCCACUCUCCUGAUGUUGUCGUUGAUUUUGUUUCAAAACAAUUAAAUAAUGGUAUUACUUAUAUGUUACCAAACGAAAAUGCAAUUUGGGUUGGUGAUGAUUUAAAGAAGCGUUUUGGUCUUCCAUACUGGCAAGUUGCUGUUUCUGCAACUGAUGCCAACAGAUUCACUUUACGUAUUGCUAGACAUAUUACCAAACGUCCAAAGAUCCUUGUUUUCAACUAUUGCUAUCACGGAACUGUUGAUGAAGCUUUUGUCACCCUUGCUGAUGAUGGUGUUACUGCUGAAUGUCGUGCUACAAAUAUUGGUCCACAAACCAAUCCAACAAAUACCACAAAGGUUGUUGAAUUUAAUGAUGUUGAAGCUUUGGAAAGAGCUUUGGCUCCUGGUGAUGUUGCUGCUGUUUUGUGUGAACCAGCCAUGACAAACAUUGGUAUUGUUCUCCCACAACCAGGAUUUUUAGAUAAGCUCCGUGAACUCACUACUAAAUAUGGUACUCUUUUGAUUAUCGACGAAACUCAUACCAUCUCUGCUGGUCCAGGAGGUUUGACUAAGGAAUUAGGAUUAAAGCCAGAUUUGUUCACUAUUGGUAAGGCUAUUGGUAGUGGUGUUCCAACUGCUGUUUAUGGUUUGAGUCACGAAGUUGCCAGACGUUUAUCUGAAACUGUUCAACUUGAAGGUAUUGAUGUUGGUGGUAUUGGUGGUACUUUGGCUGGUAAUGCUCUUUCAGUUUCUGCAAUGCGUGCAACAUUGGAAAAUAUUCUUACACCAGAAAAUUAUGAAUAUACCAUUGCUCUGGCAAAGAAAUUCUGUGAAGGUGUUGAGCAGGUUAUUGCUGAUUUCAAUUUACCUUGGAUUGUUAAACGUCUUGGUUGUCGUACUGAAUAUUGGUUUAGACCAACCGAACCAGUCAAUGGUGGAGAAGCUGCUGCUGUUUGUGACUUUGAAUUGGACCAAUAUAUGCACUUGUAUGCCCUUAAUCGUGGUAUUUUGAUGACACCAUUCCACAACAUGGCUUUAAUUUGUGUUAACCAUACUGAAGAAGAUGUUGAUGUCCAUACUAGAGUUUUCCGUGAAAGUGUUGAAGCUUUAUUGAAGAAGAAUUAAAUUAUUAAAAAACAAACUGAAAUAAACUACAAUUUUGAA